CACUGAGCAAUAGGAGGAAAUUUAAAAUGGCAGGUCCUCUGGUAAAGGCGGCUGUACUGCUGGGAGUGGUGUGUGGAGCUGUGGCUGAUGUAAGCUAUGCUUCCCGCGGUGGAAGCUUUGGAGGUGGAGCUGUUGGAGGCGCCAUCUCCGGAGGACCAGGAGGUUUCGUUGGAGGAGGCAACUUAAUCGGAGGAGGAGGAUUAGGUGUUGGAGGAGGUAGCUUCAUCGGAGGAGGCGGAGUCCAUGGCGGCUUCGGCGGAGGCAGAGUUGACGCAGGUCACCUCGUUGGACAUGGUGUACUCCCUUCAGGCGGCGCUGGAGGUUUUAUUGGAGGUGGCAGCGCAGUAGGAGGCUCUUUCGGAGGCCCCAGUGUGGGUGGUUCCUUCGGAGGCCCCAGUGUGGGUGGUUCCUUCGGAGGCCCUGUUGUCGGAAUAUCUUCCGGACGCGUUAGUGGCAGAUACGGCCGAUAAACUUAUCCUUAUAAGAAAUAGGGAUAGAAAUAACGUAUAAAAGAAUAAAUAUAGACCUAUGAUUUGUUAUGUGUCAUUCUCUAAAUAUUAUAUUAUUACUGAGUCUCUUUAAAGAAAUCCCGUCCGAAAUAACACAACUUGCUUACAUUUGUUUCACAUUAUCACAUUUCAAAAAUCUAUAAUGGAAGAAAGUUGUGUAAUGUCAUAAACAUUUAAGUUUAUCAUUGUUACCUACAAUGCAAUGGAAAAUAGUGAUCUUAAUUGUAAAGAAUUGGAAACAA